AUUGAUUGAUUGAUUGAUUGAUUGAUUGAUUGAUUGAUUGGUGUCGAUCAUCGCCCAUCAUGAACACAACCAUGCAAUCAACCAGCCCGCACUCCCUCCCCGUCGCAGACUACACCCACUAACUCACCUACCCAACCCAUCUAGAUCGUCGAGUGGGCAUUCGGCAAGCGCAUGACCCCCGCCGAGCGGCUGCGCAAACACCAACGAGCUCUGGACCGAACACAACGCGAACUCGACCGGGAACGAGUGAAGCUCGAGAAUCAGGAAAAGAAGCUAGUGCAGGAUAUCAAGAAGAGUGCGAAGAAUGGGCAGAUAGGAGCUUGCAAGAUCCAGGCCAAGGAUUUGGUGCGGACGCGGAGGUAUAUUCAGAAGUUUUAUCAGAUGCGGACGCAGUUACAGGCGAUUUCGUUGCGGAUUCAGACGGUGCGGAGCAAUGAACAGAUGAUGCAGUCGAUGAAGGGGGCGACGAUGUUGUUGGGGAGCAUGAAUCGACAGAUGAAUUUGCCGGCGCUGCAGCGGAUUGCGAUGGAAUUUGAACGCGAGAAUGAUAUUAUGGAUCAACGACAGGAAAUGAUGGAUGAUGCGAUUGAUGAGGCGACGGGGCUGGAAGGGGAGGAGGAAGAGGGUGAGGAUAUUGUUAAGGAGGUCUUGGAUGAGAUUGGUGUGGAUCUUAGCCAGGCGCUGGGUGAAACCCCUACGGAUAUUCAGAAGACGGCCGUGGGUGAGACAAGGGUGGCGCAGCCUGUUGGUGCUGGGGGGAAUACGAGUGAUGAUGACCUGCAGGCGAGACUUGACAGUCUUCGCCGAUGAUGAUGUGUGUUUCGGACAGUUUAUACUAUUUCCUCUUGUUUCUCUACGGUCCUACAUUUACUUUUUUUUUCUCUCUCUCUAGGGUUCCGGUAACUGGGUUUGCAUUAAUUCUGGCAGCAAUAUGAAUUCUCAACGACGGAUUGUUUUUCCUCUCGUUUUUAAAGCCGACACUGUGCUGAGGAAGUGAAAGAUUUUGACAUGCAAAGAUUGACCACCGCCCGGCUGUGGGUUUUGGUCUAUUUGGUGAGGCGUUUGACUGCCUAGAAACCAUAAGCCUGCCUAUAAAUACUGAUGUCACACUCGUGAUUGGAUCAGAAAGAAGGAUCGAAUAUGGAGGUGGAAACCAUGUACUCCAAACCAUGGGGGGCCCUGUGGGGGCCUUCCA